AUGCAGCAACGACGCGAUGAGAUUCUAGCCAAGAAGGCGAAGCUUGCCGAGCUCAAGCGACAGCGAGAGCUGCGGGCGAACCAGGCCAGUGCCGGUAGAACGAGCAUAGCCGGCCCGAGCGAUCUGAUAUCCCCCACGCCCGGCCGCGCCGACAACCGGAAAGAGAUCGAGAGUCUGAUCAACAGUCUGGUGGGCGAGAGCAGGCCUGCAUCCACCACCGGUGCCGCCUCGCCUGGGCCCCGCGGAAGUCGGCCAGCCAGUGUGUUGAGUGGCGGCGAACUCAGUGCCGAACACUCCGAGUAUGCUUCGCAAGCAAACGGCCAGACCGCCGCACCCUCGCAGCCCUCGCAACCCCAGGUCUUGACCACCGUACCCCUCCAGACCGUCUACGAGUGCCCGCCCUCGCCCGUCAGGGAAGUCUUCUCCUACAGCAAGGGUGUCCAGACCGCAGACGACUGGACACCGCCCGCCUCACGAGCACGCGCCUUCUCCGAUCUCGAAGACGAAGACCUGCCUGGCAACACUUCCACACCGAACAAGCGCAUGAGCAGAUGGGAGCGUAGUAGGGAGGAAGAGUUGCGCCAGAACCUGCGACAGGAAAUCGAGGAGGAAUUGCGGGCCGCUCGCGAACUUGUCACUGAUGGUCUUCUCCAGCCUGCUUCUGUUGCUACCUUCAACUUCCCCGCUAGGGCGUUGAGCGGCGAGGAGCUGGCAGCAGUGACGGCCUCUGACGACUUUUUCGACUUUGUUGAGAGAUCAACCAAGGUGAUAGAGCGCGCCCUCGACGUCAGUAAUGAAUACGAUAUCCUGGUCGACUACUCCCUCCAGGCCCAUGAUAUCGAAGACGAGGAUGAGCAGGCCGGAAACACAGGGGGCAAAGGUCGGCGGCGAGUGAAAGAGGUCGUGCAGUUCCACGAUGACCGAUGGUCAAAGAAACGCAUGAUCAGCAGUAUAGAUUUCUCCCCUAAAUUCCCAGAGCUCGUGCUAGCUUCAUACACCAAGAACCCGUCGGCGCCACACGAUCCAGACGGCAUCGUACAAGUGUGGAAUCAACACCUCCACGAGCGAGCCGAAUUCCUGUUCCACGCCCCCUCCGAUAUACUCACAGCCAAGUUCUCUCCCUUCCACCCCAACCUCAUCAUCGGCGGCACCUACUCGGGACAGGUCCUGCUCUGGGACACGCGUGCGAAGACCGCACCUGUUCAAAAGACACCCCUGACAGGCUCUGGCCAUUCGCAUCCCAUCUACUCGGUCGAUAUCGUCGGCACCCAAAAUGCAAACAACAUCAUAUCAGUGUCGACGGACGGCGCACUCUGCGUCUGGAGCGUCGACAUGCUCUCCCAACCCCAGGAAUCACUCACCCUCACGACACCGCCUCCGAAUAAGUUUGAGGACCUCGCGCCGACUGCCAUGGCCUUCCCGCAGGCGGACCCGACCUAUUUCCUGCUCGGCUCGGAAGAAGGCUCCAUCUACCCGUGCCACCGGUACGACCGCGCGGGCGCUAAGGCCGGCGUCGACUCGCGCGUAUCCUAUAAUGGACACGCCGCACCCGUCAUGAGCGUCGAUUUCCACCCGGCCAGGGGGCCCGUCGACCUCGGCGACCUCGUGCUGUCGUCGUCGCUUGACUGGUCCGUCAAGCUCUGGAAGGUACGUGCCCCGGCGGCCACGAGCACCAUCGUCGAGAGCGCAGGCACAGCCGUGUCACCGCUCCUCGAAUUUGUGCGUGAGGACGUCGUCUACGACGCCGCGUGGUCGCCCGUCCGCCCGGGCGUCUUCGCCCUCGUCGACGGCGCCGGCUCGCUCGAGCUCUGGGACCUCACCGUCGAGACCGAGAUCCCCGUCGCCAAGAUCAGCCCCACGCCGCGCAAGGAGGGCCGCCAGCUGCUCAGCAACAGCCUCAACAAGGUCGCCUGGGAGUCCACCGAAGGGAAGCGCCUCGCCACCGGUGGCAUCGACGCCGUCCUCAGCCUCUUCGAGGUCGGUCCCGAUCUCGGCGGCAAGGAGGCCGUGCGCAGCGACGAGUGGACCAGCGUCAAGAAGCUCGUUGCGCGGCUGGAAGCUGUAGGCGCAGGCGCUGCGGGCGUGGUGCAAUAG